GCCCGUACGGAUCCCCCGCUGGCCAGCGCGCUCCGCCGCUCCACAACCCGAACAUAACAGUCCCCUGAUCCCCCCUCCCGGUCACGCCCAAAUCCCCCGAUCCCCAACCCAAUCGCACCCUCGCACACCGACGGGAACGCGGAAUCGAAGAGCGAUGGCGUGCUCCGGCGACGGCGAACGGCACCUCCUGCAGUCCCUGGAUUAUCCCUGCACAGAGCGCCUCCGUCUCCGCCGGCUCCUCGCCUACCACCGGCGGCACAUGUACGAGGAGGUCUACAAUGCGAUGAAGAAGAGGACGCGCUUGAUCUUCGAGGUGAAGGACCUGGUGAAGCUUGUUAGGACAGGCCAGUGGCGGGUGGCCGCUCCUACGUCGUCGGCUUCGUUCCCUCCGACCCAAUGAGCGACGAGGCCACACUACUCCUGCUGUUCCUCCAGGACCUCACGGCCCUCAGCGACUUCGCCGACUGCGUCACCAUCAUGGCAUGCUUGCUCUCCGACUGGUUCCUAAGCAUCUACAAAGAGUCUGUGCUCGCGGAGUACCCCUGCUUCGCUACCCUUGUUGCCGAUGUCCUCUUCCUGCGCUCAGAUCAUGCCAGGUACGGUCUAUCUUAGAUGUCCCUCUCCCUCGUGCAUGAAGCUCCAUCCAGGUACGACGAUCAAUCCAUAACUGCAGCAUCUUACUUCUCUCAUCGCACUCCUUUUUCCGGGACUUCCUGAACUGGCAGCUCGUCAGGAACAAGGCGGCAGAGAUGGUCGAGGAGAUGGUCUACAAGACACCUGAGCUCAAGGACAGGCUGCAUUUCCCGCGUGGCCCGCACAACCUGCACCAUGUAGUGCCCACGGUCUAGCUUUCAUCGGGGGCGUCAUGUGAAGAUUGUAUGCAGCAAACAGUCAACCGAUUACGCCCAAUUCUAUCUUCGGAUGAAGAAGAGGUUGCCUUCUUCGACUCAAGCGGCGAGUCCUGAUUGUUCAGCAGCAGGUUCAGCAAGGAUAAGGGGUGAACUGCAGAUCAUGGCACUACUUGAGAAAGCUUUGCAAGCUGGUGGGCGAUCGGUGCUCGAGGGCCAAAUCCCUGAAUAUUCAUCCAAUGAAGGUUUCCCACUGAUGAAGAUGCUAUCUAGACCCCCAUUCUUGGUCAACUUCGUGGGCAGCCCAGUACAUCAACCUGAACAUUCAUCAAAAGAUACCUCUCAAAGUCCUGCGGCUGUGGCCUCUCAAGAAACUAAUUAACAAAAUUUCUAAGGAGAAGCUCUUGAUGCAAUACUUCUAUGCUCUUCCUAAAGAGAAGCUUUUGGCAUAAAAUCUGGACUAGAUUGAGGUCAAGAUAGGAUACGCCAAGACACCCAUGUUCAUAAAUUCGUCAUCACAUGGGAUGCUUCUUUUAUACAGCCUUGAUUAUGAUUCAUCAACAGCAGAAGCACUAGCAACACUAUUUUGACAUUUUCUUAUCGUGUAUAUGGUGGGAGAGGCUGAAUUAGAGACUGCUGAGCUCUGAAAGAUGAUGCUUUGACAAUGCAGAUGAAAAGUGGUGUCGCCUGCGAGCUGAUUCUCGAGGUUGGAUUUGAGCCUGAUGGUGUUGUAAGAUCGAGUUAGCUGAUGCCUGUUAGCAUAUGCUAGGCCAGGAGGCACAAGGGCAUCAUAGAGAGAUCCAGCUAUGUUCAGUAUUGUAGUGAGGACUCACCUCAAGAGUAGGCUGUAUAGUUAUAGAAUCAUAUAAUGUAUGGAUAGAUAGAUUGUUGAAGCAGUUCUAUUCCAAUGUAUAGUGUAGCUACCAAAUCAUUCAAUGUAUGGAUGUGUGACAAAAGAGAUUAUAUUGUUCUAAAAUAAAGAUGGAUGUUC